AACCCUCCUUCCUCACAAACUACACCUUCUUCUCUCAAAAGCUUCCUUCGCUUCUCGUUUUUUUCUUAAAAAAAAUAUAAAAUUCAAUAAAUCAAAAUGUGCCCAACGGGAAGCGAGCUUUCCAGAAGCGUCGAGAAAUCGAAUCUCCGUUCGGCGUUCGACGUCCUCGACGCCGACGGCGACGGGCGCAUCAGCCACGCCGACCUCCGCGCCUUCUACGGCGGGAUCUCCGGCUCCGACGACGACGUGAUCGGGUCGAUGAUCUCCGCCGCGGACUCCAAUCGCGACGGAUUCGUCGAAUACGACGAAUUCCGGCGGGUUUUGGGCGGCGGGAAGAGGAGAGGCGGAGCCAAUUCGGCCAUGGAAGAGGCGUUUCGGGUGAUGGACAAGGAUGGGGACGGGAAGGUGGGGAUGGAGGAUUUGAAGGUGUAUUUGGAAUGGGCCGGGCUGGAGGCCCGGGAUGAGGAUGUGCGGGCCAUGAUUCGGCUGGGCGGCGGAGAUGAGAGCGGCGGCGUUACGUUUGAGGGUUUGCUUAAAAUUCUCGCGGUUUGAAAAUUUCCUUUUUUUUUGGAUUGUGAUGAAAAAUUGAAAAUGAAAAGUGUAACUUUUUUUUUUUUUUUAAAUUAAUUUAAGGUGUGUUGGGUUUGUGGAGGGAAAUUUUUAAUUAUACGUGAUUUUAAUGAGAAAAUAUUGUGUAGCA